UUCACCUUCCUAGCUAACACUAGCUAAAACUACAAUGGAAGUCGAUCGUCUGUUCUCAGAGCAGCAAUCACAUAAAGAUCUGAUAACUGACCAUAGUUCCCCUCAAACUCAUCAAAUCGAUCUCCAACAAAUAGUGGAGCUCAUUGACUGCAUUUUCAACAUUGCUCUUGCAACCAAGGAGGACGAUGUUGAAUCUGAAAAGUUAAAAGCCAUGAUGAGCAGCCUGGAGAACAUUGAUGGUAUGCGUGAAGCAUUGACUGAUAUCAGACAUAUCUCCUGUGAGAUGUCUUGCAAUCUCGUAGAAGGAACAGGAAAUCUGAGUAAAACCAAAUCAACAAUGGAACAAAGGCUUCGUAAGUAUUCGGGGAAUGGAAGAGCGGUUCUAGCAAUCGCAGCUUUUGCUUCGAGUAUCGGAGAAUUGUCGAUGCUGGGGAAGCACUGCAACCAUUCGAUCUCGAAGUUUAUGAAUGCCGUAAAAGGCCACUCUCUCAAACUCGAUUUCAAGGCUCUUCAGAGCUCGGGUCUUAUCGACGCCAUGAAGAAAGUCUCCCGCACCAGUUUGGACUUCUCCAACAUCCGAAGAGAUGAGUUUUCCGAGAAUAUUAUUGACAAUGUUUUGCAAAUUUCAACCACUUUAAGCAAAAGGGAGGAUAUUGGUGAUGAUGAACUAACAACGUUGACAAGACGACUUAUCGAGCUAAAUGAUGAUCUUCGAGAGAAACUGGUUGCUGCAAGGAAAGUGGCACCAUAUGAUUAUGAAGACGAACGGAAACCUAUUCUCAAUAUCAGAACCUCGGAACUUAUCGAAAACAUCAAGAAAUAUACAGAGGAUCCUGAAAAACUGAGAAACAAGCAUGUGUUAUUUCUCAUAUCAGAUCUCGACAUAUCCAUCGAAGAAAUUAAGGUUCUCAACGGAUUGUACCAAAAGAAUGACAACAAGUAUGAAAUCUUGUGGGUCCCAAUCGUGGAGUUGUCGGUAAAUGAUAAGAGAGCAGAGGCAAAGUUUGGGGAGCUGAAACAAAUGAUGAAAUGGAUUGCAGUUAAGCAUUCCAAGAUCGAAGCACAAGUCAUUGAGUGCAUAAAGAAGGACUGGCAAUUUAUAAAGCAAGCCAUUGCUGUGUCAGUGAAACCAAGUGGGGCAAUAACAUCCUUGAAUGCCCUCCCUAUGUUGUGGACAUGGGGUAAUUCGGCCUUUCCUUUCAUUGCAACAAGAGAACAAGCUCUGUGGAAGGAAAGAGUUGAGCAAAAUGGUUGGAGGCUUCACUUGUUGUUCGAUGAACUUGACCUUCCCAAUGAUAUAGACAUGCAAUCAUGGACAAAGAGCGAGGGGACAUUUGUAUGCUUGUUUGGAGGUGGGGAUAUGUCAUGGAUUCAGGCAUUCACUGAGAAAGUGAAAAUUGCUGCACACGCUGCGGGUGUUUCCUUAAAGCUAGUAUACCUUGGUGUGGGGAAGAGCAAAGGCAAAGGGCUAACAAGGAAUGAGUUUGGUCGAGGCAUUCAUGUCAUUGAAUCAGAAUCUCAGUGGCAUUUCUGGACUCGACUGGAGAGCAUAUUGUACUACAAAAUCAAACUCGGUAAGACGGUGAACAUCAGCAGGAAGGAUCCGGUGAUGCAGGAGGCGUUGAAAGUGGUCGGGUACGGUGGGAAUGGCAAAGCAUGGGCCAUGUUUUCGAUGGGAACAAGUGCCAUGGUGACAACCAGCGGGAAAACGGCUCUAAGUAUAAUGGAAAACUACAAGAAAUGGAUAAAAGAGAACGUGGGGAAUCGUUUCUUUAAUGGAAUAGAAGAGUACAAUGAAUUAAUAAUGAGGGAUGUGCACAGCUGCAUCAACGUUAACCUGCCGGUUAUGGGUGAGAUUCCAGGGAUAAUGAUGUGCCCUGAGUGUUCCAAAGUGAUGGACAUGUUUUACACUUACCGCUGCUGCCCUGAGUCGCUGCUGUGCUGAGUAAUUAGGAAAUACACCCGGAGGAAAUAGAUAUAAUAAAAUGUAUUAAGCUGCUAAGGCUCUACUCUACCAUGGAAUAAAAUCUGAGGCUCACUCAUU